CAGUCCGAGGAGGAGGCGGCGGAGUUUCCGUUGGUGCCGUUGAAAGCUAUGAGGAGGGUCGACAGCAGACACAGCCGGGAUGACAUCCCCCUGGAGGACCAGGAGACGGAAGGGCAGAGGCAGCUCAAGAGCCUCCUGCACCAUCAGCUCGACACAUCUGUCUCCAUUGAGCAGUGUGUGUCCAAGCGCCGCUGCUUUGCGCCUGCAGCACUCUACAAGCCCUUUGGAGAGGAAGCCGCUGGGACCUGCACCUUGCCUCAGUUCCAGGCGCUGCAGGAAAGCAACAAAGAGGCCGCCGCUCUUCGAGAGCUGGGCCUCUCAGACGCCGAGAUCCAAUUCUGGAAGAGCCAUGCCUUGGCAGAUAAGAGUCCCGGCCUCGGGGCAGCCCCUGAGGCGAUACAAGAGAGGAUCGGGGCUAUCAAGGAGAAGAUGGCCGAGCGCCGGCGCAUCCUUUCGCUGCCCCAGCGCUUUGCGGGCAGCAAGCAGCUGAGCAGGCGAGAGAUGGAGAUUGAGAGCUCCCUCUUCCAGGGCACAGACCGCCAUGCCUUCCUGAGGGUCCUGUACCACCAAGGUGCAUGGCUGGGGGGCCCUGGAGUCCUUGUGGGUGGGCACGGAAGGCAACUGGGGGAGGUGGCGGGGUGGCUCUGUUGUUUCCCUUCUGGCGCAGAUGAGGCUACACAGGAAGACCCCUUGUCACACCUCAGCACAACUCUUGGCCGCAAGCCAGAGGGGCUUCCCUUGCCUCCCCAGAGUGAUCCAGAUUCGUCGUGCCCCACGCCUCCCAGCAGCCCCCCAAAGUCUCAGCAUGCAGAUCCCCAGCCAACCCCAGCGCCCGUGAUGGUGACAGAGCCGGUGGAGUUUAUCCCAGAGGAGGAUAUCCGCAAAAACCGCCUCUCGGAGGAGGAGAUCCGCCAGAUUCCCCGGUUUUCCUCCUACAGCCCUGGAGAGCCAAGCGAGGUGCUGUACUUGAAGAACCUCAGCCGCCGCGUCAACAUGAAGGAGCUGCUGUCGUUGUUUGCAAGGUUCCAGGAGGAGGGAGGCCCCCAGAUCCAAUUCCGCCUCCUGAGUGGGCGCAUGAGAGGCCAAGCUUUCCUCACCUUUCCCAGUAUCUCAACGGCACAGGCAGCCCUGCAGCUGGCAAACGGCUUCAUCCUGCUGGGGAAGCCCGUGGUUAUUGAGUACGGGAGGAAGAAGACGCCUUGACUCCGAGCCUUCAUCCUGGAGUCUCCCCUGCGCUGCAGCAAAGUGGGAACAGCCAGAGGGGUUUCACGUGGAUGUGUGGGCAGCUGAACAGUCCAGGCCUGAAAGAAUUGUCACUUGCUGCCAGGAGCAGAGACCUGGGACCGUGUGACGGACAGCUGAGCUAGACCAGAGUGCCUCUGAAUUCCACCAGAGGCCGGGAGCCUCUGUCUGUUUGGCUACCAAGACAGCUAGCCAGAGGGGGUGCAUGCGUGGAGAAUUUAGGGAGGGAGAAUAAAAGGAGCAAUUUCUAA